AACGGACCUCGAGACUUAUAACACCCCCCGGCUAGUCCAUGAUCUAUAGUAGAUCGUGACUGCCAGUCAUUCCUUACCAUCGGAACCGAACCACGCCAUCAUUAGGCCACUGCCGAGAACACCCUACGACGUUCACACAGAACAAGUCUGUAUAACUACGACAAUUAUAUACGAACAACCUUAAUUCUUAAACGACUGGGAGAGAACCCCGACACCCGAAUAUCCUACCUGGUAGGUAGCAGCAGCCAAGCAGCAUUCGAAGAUCUCGUCGGCUGAUAGAGGCAGUAGCAGAAACUGCAUCACCGCAAGGAUGAUGGAAGGCAUGAUGGCGCCCCAGGCGAUAGCUCCGUCUUACUUCUUUUACAACCCCGAGCCGCAUCACGAUAGCCGGCAACAAGGUCACUUCAUUGCGCACCAGCACCCCCACUCGCACCCGGCUCUCAGGCAACACAUGACGGUCUUCCCGGUCGUGCCCACGGUGCCGUCAACGCCCAUGUACUCGCGGCCUAGCUCGUCGUGCUCGCAACCUCAGGCGCAGGCGCAGUUGCACGCCAAAGUCUUCACCAGCAUGCCCUCGACGCUCACUCCGGCGGCAUCGCCGCAACCAACCUCGCACCGACCGACGAUUGUGCUGGACACUGAGUUGAGUGAGACCGACGGGCACUACUAUCCGUCGACGCCUCCGCUCUCGUCUUCAGGGAGCGCCAUGAGCAGCCCUGGCAGCUGCGACAUGCUCCAGACCCCGCUGAAUCCCAUGUUCUCGGGGCUGGAUGGCAUCGAGGGCAAGGAAUUGCGCGACGUCGAAUGCAAGAUCGAGAGCUUCCCUGGUCUGGACUGGUCUAGCUGCGCCUCGCCCCCCAUGACGCCUAUGUACCUUCAAUCCCAGACACCAGUACCUCAGCUCGUGUCGCUUCACCACAACACGGGCGACGGCUCUUCGACAGCGUCUUGCCCGUCGCUUUCCCCUUCACCUUCGCCCUAUGCACCGUCUGUAUCUUCUGAGGAUUUCGAUUUCUGUGACCCCCGCCAUCUGACUGUCGGGACCGUCAACUCGACGCUCGCCCCCGAGUUUUCGGCCCUCCCUACCCUGUGUGCAGGCGACGACGAGGACCACAAGUUCAUGCUCAGGACCGAGGCGUCUGUGAAGUCUACCACCCCUACAUCCCUUCCCGCUACGUCCUUUGAGUUCAACCCCGAGCUUCCCCACAGCCUUCCCUCGUUUGACGACCUCUCUGACAUCGAGUCUGAGGACGACUUCGUAAACGGCCUUGUCAAUCUUGGCGAGACGGCUGCGCCAAUCCAGACUACCCGAUCGCGCGCUAGCUCCGACGCCCUAUCCCUCGGCAACUCGAGCUACGUCGGUGACGAAGACCUCGAGGAUUUCGAAGACUGCGACAGCUUUGACGCCGACCGCCUGCACAGCCCUGCCACCUCGUGCGACGAAGACCCCGACGAGCACCAAGAUAAGCGUCAAAGGAAGGCCCGGCAGCAUUCUCACGAGCCCACAAUGAACUCAGCUUCUGAUUCCCAGUCCGGGAACAAUCAUCAUCAGAUGCCCUCCGGCGGCCAGGACAACAAUGGGUCCGAGACUAAGCACUCGUCCGAGUCUAACUCGGCCUCGGGCGAUGUCGGCGCCAACAACAUGUCUGCGCCAACCAACCGCCGUGGACGUAAGCAGUCCUUGACCGAAGAUCCAUCCAAGACAUUUGUUUGCGAGCUGUGCAACCGUCGUUUUCGCCGCCAGGAGCACCUCAAGCGCCACUACCGCUCUCUUCAUACUCAGGACAAGCCGUUCGAGUGCAACGAGUGUGGUAAGAAGUUUUCCCGCUCCGACAAUCUCUCUCAGCAUGCCCGUACCCACGGCUCGGGCGCCAUCGUCAUGAACUUGAUUGACGACCCCGAUGCCAUGGUCGGUGUUGGCGGCCUCCACCCUGGGUUCACUCAUCACCCCAUGAUGGGUGGUCCCUCUAUGGGCGGUGAGGACUUCCAGGCUCUCGGCCGGGUUCUAUUCCAAGUUGCCGCCGAGAUUCCCGGCAGCGCCAGUGAGCUCUCGUCUGACGAGGGAAGCGAGCUUGGCAAGAAGAAGAGGAAGCGGGCCGAGUAAACUUGUUUUACUGGCCUUGCCAAUCCACAUACAACCUUUUCACUUCUUCCCACACUCUUCACAAUGGCGAUGGCUCUCGCACUGGAACGUGCCGUCGCCAUUGAUGCCCGACACGAUAUGAUGAUGAUCUCACCCGCUGUUGUUUACGCGGGUCGGCCAUUUGGGACACCAUACAGGGGAAACCACUCGGCGAAGCUAUGGCG